AUGUAUGUAUGGGUGCUGUUGACGCUGCUAAUUGAUGCUCAAACUUCGGCAAUUGGCCAAGGAGAAUUCCGACAACAGAAUGUAUUCCUCAACUUUCGUGUCAAUAAGACAGAUCGCGAUGCUACUGAUAAAACAGCUGAUAGUAUAUUAACGAGCUCUCUAACACCUUCGAGUUAUACAUCAAUGUAUGAUUUAAAAUUGAAAAAUGGAUAUGGAUCUAAUAAUGAAUUUCAAUGGAACUUAUCCGCUAUUGGGACUUCUAUGCUGAAUGAUAUUGAUAAGACAGUCGGUAAUGUGUUAAGGAACUUCCUGACGCCUUCGAGUUAUGCAUCAAUGUAUAAUUUUAAAUUGAAGAAUGGAUAUGGAUCUAAUAAUCAAUUUUAUUGGAAUGUAUCUGCUAUUGGAAGUUCUAUCCUCAAUGAUAUUGAGAAAUUAUCAGAAACAUUUGGAAUUGCGCAGGAAUCCAAACCUGGCACAUGGAAACCGAUUCAAGAGUAUACCACAAUCUCUGGUCGAGUUUAUUCUACUACCGUUUAUAAUACCAACAUGAAAAGUCGAUGGAAUCGAUCGAAUUUCGUGGAUUCAAUUUAUCAUGAAUUGUACCGAUUCCCACAGAAGCUAAUUCCUUUGGCUAGCAGAACACUCUCAAAAGUCAGAGAAUAUUUCCGAAAGAAUGACUAUAUCAGAAAGGGAUAUGUUUCCCGUGAAUCAGAAACUUCCAGAAGAUUCCCAAUGCAUAACAACACCCCCUCCGGUUUGUUGAUACCGACAUUCAUCAAAAAUUGGAAACACUACAUCGUUGGAGCGCGUCAAUGUAUGUCAUCACCGAAAUCUUAUUUCAACCUUCCAAAAGCAGUCAUCGAUGUCAUGAAAUAUUCUCCGCGAACCGCAGCCAUGAUUGUUAGAAAUCGAUUUAACAAACCUGUCCCUCGACAUCCAGCUUCAAAAAAGAAAAUCUACACUGGUUACGAAGCGAUGACAUGUCAGACAUUCGCGAAUACCAUUCCAAACUAUUAUGAAUGUUUGAAAGAAUUGCGAAGGGUCAGUGCUUGUGUUACUGAGAAGACGAAAAAGUCUGCAGAACCGAACGCUUUGAGAGAGUACCACAGGCGAAAAUUCUGGCCUUCUGCUCUAAGGUUGGUAAAAAGUGUUCAAGAGCUGGACAACAGUUGUAAAGUAGACAAGAAAACAUCGACGAUAACGUGCUCCCUCUUCAGUCGAUCCAAAACAGAUUCCAAUGUUGGGAUGAAUGUUUCAAAUCACCUGGGAUGGUCACCAGCGGGUGCAGAAGCGCAGAAGAUAGCACAGCAAAUGAUAGAAGUCAUGCUGAAAAAUCAAUUGGGAGCUGAUAUCCUGGAUGAAAUCGGAACUUGCGUUUACAUUUAUCAACGAGGAGCUUCAGCCCAACACAAACUGAGGAAAAUGUCUAGGAAUCAUCCUGGAGCCAGACAGAUGUACGUGAAGGUGAAUAAAACCUUGGAGACGUACAAGCAUCAUUUAAUAAGGAUCGCACUUGGGGCAGUGAACGAUGUUCGCUCGAUGUUCACUACGGUGGAGGGAACCCUGGUGAAGUCAAUGUCAGAGUUUCUUGGAAUUGACUUUUCGGAGCACAUGAAGUCUAUGAGAUGCUUGGACGAGUUGUUGGACGCUAUUAUGGGGCCAUGGCUUGGAGAUGACUUUUGGGGAGAUGGCGAUAAAUCGAAACCAGAUCAACCAAACCCGGAGCAACCAAAGCCAGAGCAAUCAAAACCAGAGCAACCGAAGCCAGAGCAACUAAAACCGGAGCAACCAAAGCCAAAGCAACCAAAACAAGAGCAACUAAAGCCAGAGCAACAAAAACCGGAACAACCAAAACCAGAACAACUAAAGCCAGAUCAGUCAAAUCCAAAUCUACCGCCAACAGUACCGACUCCAGAAGUUCAAGAAUCAACGGAACCAAAAAGUCGGUCUGGGAUGAGGUCGUACGAAAACAAGUCCUACCAUUCAAGUGAAUCGUCAAGCAUGUUUGAUGAUUCAGAUGAUCCCGCGGACUCCUCCGACGAAACUGAUAAGCAGUUGAAUCGGAGUUAUUCGCCUAGAGGUGUCAUCCCACGUGAAGAAGCAGCACGAAAGCUGAUGAAUUCGCUGAAGCGUCUGAGUCAAACGAAAAUGCUAAGGAAACAAAGCACAAUUGCAUCCCUUGCUAACACAUUCCUUCUGGCUACGAUGUUUUAUGAAUGCAUCACUGUCUUAGCUGCUGCUGUCUAUCGGACCGAACUCAAUACAGGUUCUGAGCCACCAACAGUUCCUUCAACUCCGAUUUACCAGGCGAUGACUACUCCACAGGAUCAAGACCAAUCGUGGGAGCAUAGUUAGUUGAAAUCUGUAAGAUUCUUCAGUAUGAAACGAAUAGAAGAUCUAUCAGCUUUUCUACUCUUCUACCGACGCAGACGCUGGCUAUUCAGAUCAUGGAUAUAUUUUAUGAUAGAUACAAUAAUUUCCAUAUAUAUUGUUCAAUAUUGCUUCAAUAGUUGCUAGUAGUAUAAUCACGCUCAUGAUUCUUGAAAUAAUGUACAAGCAAAUGAUAAUACAAUCCGAGAAGUAUCUCAUAA